CGCCAGUGAACGCGGCGUGGAGAUGCCGCACAAAUAAAUAGUGGCGCGGAGCAAUAAUAACAUCGCGACCGACCCGGACCCCACGACAAUGUGCAGAUGGAGAAUAGUGACUAUAAUUUACGUGGUCGCUGCUUUCAAUUUGGCAAAUGGCAGGGAAAUAAACUCUGUGGACGUCGCCACGCUUGAUAACCAUGUACGGCCAAACAAUAGGAGUCAGCGCUUUUUAUUCGACGCAAUAUUUGGUUUGGAGGUGCCAAUUUUGGAUGAGCAAAGUGUAGAAGACGAUGAGGAAGAUUCGCAAGUCAAGAACUGCUCGUGUGAGUGCGGCAGAGCAAACCCAAUUCCUAGAAAGAUGGAGUGCGGAGGGGCGAACCAGGAGAACCGCAUUGUGGGCGGCUUGCCAGCCAGCCUCAACCGGUACCCGUGGAUGGCGAGGAUUGUCUACGAUGGACAGUUCCAUUGCGGCGCCUCGCUUCUCACCAAGGAUUAUGUGCUUACCGCCGCGCAUUGUGUAAAAAAAUUGAAAAAAUCUAAAAUUCGAGUGAUCCUCGGCGACCACGACCAAACUAUAACCUCAGAGAGUCCGGCCAUCAUGCGGGCCGUGGUGCAAGUGGUCAGGCACCGUGGUUUUGAUGCAGAUACCUACAACAAUGAUAUCGCUCUGCUCAGGCUACGGAAGCCGGUCAACUUCUCGAGGAUAAUUAACCCAGUCUGUUUACCAUCAGCAGGCAUCGAUCCCGCGGGGAAGGAUGGCGUUGCGGUGGGGUGGGGACGUACUUCUGAAGGAGGACAGUUACCAGGCAUCGUGCAAGAAGUAAGAGUGCCGAUACUGAACUUAACGCAAUGUCGAAAAACGAAGUAUAGAGCUGCCAGGAUUACUAGUAACAUGUUGUGUGCCGGGCGUGCGGGGACUGAUUCAUGCCAAGGUGAUAGUGGCGGCCCGUUGCUCAUUCAAAAUGGGGGCAAGUUCCAGAUCGUAGGUAUUGUCUCUUGGGGCGUUGGAUGCGGUCGGCCAGGGUAUCCAGGGGUAUACACACGGGUGCCUCGUUACUUAAAGUGGAUUAAAGCUAAUCUUAACAACAGCUGUCUUUUAACAACGGUAUAUGAUGCGUUAGCGGUGUGCGGAAUUCUAAAUUCGAAUAAUUCUAUUUUCACAUAUAUAUUUUUAAAUAUUUUUGAACCCAUAGACAAUAUGUGGAGGUGUUUUUAUGUUUUACUGUUUACAAUACUGACUUUCACUUGCUCUCAGGCUGAUGUAGUUCGCGAUGCUCGAGGCGUGUUUACGAAAAAUUUCUUUGGAGGCGUGUGGGGCAACCGGCCCCCGCUUAUGGAAUCCAACCUGCCGAAGACAACAUGCACCUGCAAAUGCGGUGAAAGAAACGAGGUGUCCCGCAUAGUUGGUGGUGAAGAGGCCGGAACGAAUGAAUUCCCAUGGAUAGCCCGAUUGACAUACUUCAAGAGGUUCUAUUGCGGCGGUAUGCUCAUCAAUGACCGAUAUGUACUCACAGCAGCGCAUUGCGUCAAGGGUUUUAUGUGGUUCAUGAUAAAGGUGACAUUUGGAGAGCAUAACCGGUGUAAUGCAACAACCCGACCAGAGACUAGAUUUGUUCUACGCGCAAUCGCCAACAAAUUCAGUUUGGCAAAUUUCGACAACGACAUUGCAUUGCUGCGACUGAAUGAAAGAGUGCCUGUAUCUGAUGCCAUCAAACCGAUAUGUCUUCCAUCCAAUGAUAACAACCUGUACGUUGGUGUGAAAGCGGUCGCUGCUGGGUGGGGGACUCUCACCGAAGAAGGGAAGGUGUCCUGCACGCUUCAAGAAGUCGAGGUGCCCGUCAUCAGCAAUGCAGAGUGCAAGAAUACCAAGUAUACUGCUUCGAUGAUCAGCGACAAUAUGCUUUGUGCUGGAUAUCCAAAAACUGGACAGAAGGACUCGUGUCAGGGUGACAGCGGCGGUCCACUUAUAACUGAGAGAAAGUACGACAAACGCUACGAACUAAUAGGUGUCGUAUCUUGGGGUAAUGGGUGCGCAAGAGUCGGUUAUCCGGGUGUUUACACAAGGGUUACCAAUUAUUUGGAUUGGAUUAGAGAAAAUACAAAAGACGCAUGUUAUUUAUCUAGAAUAAUGUGGAUUUAUUCUGUAAUAUUUAUUUUAGCAUUUGUGCCUGUGGAACUUACAAUUAAUAAGGAUGGACUACAAGUUGCUGAAUCUUCAUUUCGAUCACCGUUACAAGUAGAUUAUUUUGCGAGUAAAAAAAUACCCGACUGUCAAAAUUGCGGUUGUGGGGAGCGCAACGAAGAGCCGCGAGUGGUGGGUGGCGUUGGUACCCCUGUGAACGCUUUCCCAUGGCUCGCGCGGCUCAUUUACCACAAAUCCUUCGGUUGCGGAGCUUCCUUGAUCAAUGAUCGAUAUGUUAUAUCGGCCGCACAUUGCAUGAAAGGCUUCAUGUGGUUCAUGUUUCGAGUAACAUUUGGUGAACACAAUCGCUGCGACCGCACUCCACCACCAGAUAGUCGCUUUGUAGUGAAGAUGAUUGGCCACAACUUCUCAUUAACAACCCUUAUGAACGACAUCGCCUUAAUACAACUGAAUAAGCCGAUUACUUACUCUCAUGCUGUGAGGCCUGUUUGCUUGCCCAAAAAUCCAGCUAAAGACUACGUGGGUACAAUGGGCAUAGUGGCCGGUUGGGGCGCGACCGGGGAGACUGGAAAUUGGUCGUGUACAGUUCUACAAGCAGAUCUGCCGGUUCUUAGCAAUGAAGUGUGCCAGAGUACUAAUUAUAAUGCCUCCAAAAUUAAAGAAGUUAUGAUGUGUGCUGGAUACCCUGCCACAGCGCAUAAAGAUGCAUGUACGGGUGACAGCGGAGGUCCUUUGGUUGCGGAAAACAAGGAUCACGCUUACGAGUUAAUAGGUGUCGUCUCGUGGGGCUAUGGCUGUGCAAGGAAAGGUUAUCCUGGAGUUUACACCAGGGUCACUAAAUACCUGGACUGGAUUAGUGACAACGCUGCAGAUGGAUGUUACUGCAGUUGUGGAGAAAGGAACGAAAAUUCUCGAAUAGUGGAUGGUGUAAAGACUGCUCAGAACGAAUUCCCAUGGGUUCUUCGUUUAACAUAUUUCGACAAGUUUUAUUGCGGUGGCAUGCUUAUCAACGAUAGAUAUGUACUUACAGCAGCACAUUGUGUUAUUAACCUCAUGUGGUUCAUGAUAAAAGUGACUUUGGGAGAGCACAACCAUUGCAAUGCGACAGUCCGUCCCGAAACGAGGUUUGUCAUCGAGGUUACCGCACAUAAUUUUACAUACCGCUACUUAAGAGAUGAUAUUGCUCUACUGAAGCUGAACGCACCAGUGGAGAUCAGCGAGAUUAUCAAGCCUAUUUGUCUGCCAUUUGACGACGAGAGCAGUUAUGUAAUAUUUAAAGCUUUUGCACUGGGCUGGGGUACAGUGUCUGAAAAGAAAAAUCACUCUUGCGACUUAUUGGAAGUAGAAUUGCCCGUAUUAAGUAAUAAUGAUUGUAAAAAAACCAAGUACGAGGCCUCGAUGAUUGCUGAUAGUAUGAUGUGCGCCGGAUACCCGGAUAAGGGAGGGAAGGAUACGUGUCAGGGAGACAGCGGAGGGCCUUUGUGUGUUGAAAGAAAAGACAAACGAUAUGAACUGAUAGGUGUUGUAUCAUGGGGUAUUGGAUGCGGCCGGCCUGGAUAUCCUGGCGUGUAUACAAGAGUUACUAAACUAGAUCUGCACAUUGUGGAUGUCAUUCUUCUUUCAGGAUGUGGUUUAGUACAGACCCAACGAAGAGGAUUAUUAUUCCGAAAAACUGCUGAUGUACCAAGUCAAUUUCCAUGGGUAGUGCUAGUGAAUACGGGAACGAGAGUUGUUCAGGGAUCAUUGAUAAGCGAUCAACAUAUUAUUACUGCAGCAGAACCAGUAUAUGGGGUUCCCAUCACCAAUAUAACGGUAACAUUAGGGGUAUACGAUCGCUGUCACGGUGACUCGGCGCUGAAGAGCGACGUAUCAGCAGUCACCAUUAACCCGGGCUACGCCCCCGCUAAUUUGGACAGUAAUUUGGCACUGAUCAAGUUGCGUUAUGCAGUCACUUUUAGCGACACUAUAUCUCCUGUUUGCUUGCCAUAUUUUGGCUUACAAGAAUAUGACCAAGUAGAUUGGACGGAUUCAUGGGCAUUAAGUUCUGCAAAUGCUUCAACUUGUAUACCACGUAUUAGCACGAUCCCAGCUCUGCCGGCCGCAGGCUGUCAUUAUGGUUCAAAUGGAGAUUUGGUAACGCAAGACAAAUCUUGCUUUGCUCCCCAGGGCUCUGGCAGCAUCCUUUGUAAUACUUACUCUCAGAGAUUCAACAAUUCAUGUGAAUGUGGAUUAGCUGGCAAGAAUCGUCGUAUAGUGGGAGGGACGACGGUCCAGCCACACCAGUAUCCAUGGCUUGUGUCACUUAUGCUCGGACCCAAAUUACAUUGUGGUGGAGCCAUCAUAACAGAUCUCCACGUGUUAACAGCGGGACAUUGCAUUACGUUUGGCGUACAUUUUCAUGACAUAACAGUAAAUGUAGGAAUGCAUGAUCGUCUAGACAAUACUUAUACUGUCCUACAUGUGAUAAAUGGAGUGAAACAUCCAUCUUUUACUUCGAAUGCAGUCAGGGAUAUCAAUGACAUUGCUAUAUUAACGCUGGAUAAAAGAUUGAAGUUUACGGACAAAGUACGACCCAUCUGCUUACCAAGAGAAGAUAUGGAAUUUAAUGACAUACCUCUAACCGUUGCCGGUUGGGGAAAGACAAGACAAGGGGCUCUAACUUCAUCUAGAUAUUUAUUAGAAACGAAAGUAAGAACAGUGGAAAGCGAGAAGUGCCGGAAGUCAUCUAUAUACAAAGACAAUGUCGUUUCUGAUACAAUGAUGUGUGCAUACAGUCUGGGUAAAGAUGCAUGUCAGGGAGAUAGUGGGGGACCUCUAUUCGCAACUCACAAAAAGACUCAAAACAAAAAAUGGUACCAAGUUGGUAUUGUGUCAUGGGGCAUAGAUUGUGCGAUGCCUGAUUAUCCAGGUGUCUACACCAUAGUACCGAAGUAUAUUCAGUGGAUAAGACAACAGACAAAUGAUGGCAUGUAUUGUAUUUAAUGAUGUUACCGCAUUCAAAUAAUGCUGACGUACCUACCCAA